AUGAUGCGCUCUCCUCCUCCCUCGCAGUCCCAAGGCAGUAACUAUGCUGGCUCUCCAUAUGGCGGGCAACAGCCAGCACACGGAGCUACAGGCCAAUUCGCGCCCAACUUCAAUUUCGGUGGCAUGAUGAACGACCAAACAGCCCAAAUAGGCCUCCAAAUCGGUCAACAGGCUAUGACGAAGGGAGGAGCGUACAUGGAACAAAGCCUAAACCGCUAUGUCUCCAUUCCAGCCCUGAAACACUAUUUCAAUGUAUCGACCCCCUACGUCCUCCGCAAGCUCCUCCUCGUCCUCUUCCCGUGGAGGCACAAACCUUGGACGCGAGCUCAACGCUCCGCCUCUUCCGCCGAUGAUGUUGGGCCCGUCCCCAACACUGAAGGAAAGCCAGCUUCAAACAGCUACCAAUACUACUUCCUUCCUCCGUCCGCCGACCUCAACUCCCCCGACCUCUACAUCCCCACGAUGGCUGUUGUGACAUAUAUUCUUCUAACGACCUUACUGGCCGGGUUGCGAGGGCAAUUCAAGCCGGAGAUCAUGGGCUUGACCGCUACGACGGCAUUCGUGGUUGUAGCGCUAGAGAUCCUAGGGCUAAAAUUCGGGACGUACAUAUUGAGCAUCAGCAAUGAUAGCCAGCUUAUGGAUCUAGUCGCCUAUUCAGGAUACAAAUUUGUUGGCGUGAUUGUCACUCUCGUGGCUGCGGAAUUGAUCAAUCGUGGACAAGGGACCGGGGGCUGGGCCGGCUGGUUGCUAUUUGGCUACACGUUUCUCGCAAAUGCGUUUUUCUUGCUUCGGAGUCUGAAAUACGUCCUUUUGCCAGACUCUGCGGGAACGGGGAGUGGGGCGGGUGGAGGCAGCAUGACAGUGGCAAGGAGCCAACGAAAUCGGAGAACGCAGUUUUUAUUUCUGUACAGUUAUGUGGUGCAAUUUCUGUUUAUGUGGAUAUUGAGUCGAGCGGACUCUGGGGCCGUCAAGGCAGUAGCACCAAAGGCAUAG